AUGCGCUAUCUUGACUGGGUACACCGCGUCAACCUGGCAGUGGCUCGUAGCCCUGUCGGGUGGUGGUUUCGUCUGGAAAACUCGGGUCAUCCUAAUGAACGGAAAGGCAGCUUUUUCUUUACCGAGAUGCGCGCCGGCUUAGCGACGUUUUUCGCCAUGGCCUACAUCAUUAGUGUGAAUGCCACCAUCACCUCCGACACGGGCGGAACCUGCGUCUGCCCACCCGAAAGCUAUGCCGACCAAUGCGACACCAACACCGAAUAUUUGCUGUGCGUGCAGGAGGUCAAGCGCGAUAUUGUCACGGCGACCGCCGCCAUUGCUGCCCUCUCCACCUUUUUUAUGGGUGUCUUCUCGAACUUGCCCGUGGCGCUGGCACCAGGCAUGGGGCUCAAUGCAUACUUCGCCUACACUGUGGUCGGACACCACGGCUUUGGCAUGAUUCCCUACAGAGUGGCUCUGACGGCCGUGUUUGUCGAAGGAUGGGUCUUUCUGGCAUUGACGCUACUGGGAAUCCGCCAGUGGUUGGCCCGCGCGCUGCCCGCGUCGAUCAAGCUGGCAACCGGAACAGGCAUUGGGUUGUAUCUUACGUUGAUUGGGCUUACCUACAGUGCGGGAAUCGGGUUGGUAACAGGCGCCACGGACUCGCCUAUUGAACUGGCAGGCUGCGUGGAUAGUCUUCGCGAUGCGACGACCGGCCUCUGUCCGUCGGAUGCAAAGAUGCGCAAUCCGACCAUGUGGAUCGGGAUAUUCUGCGGCGGAGUCCUGACAGCUCUGCUGAUGCUGUAUCGGGUGAAAGGCGCCGUCAUUAUCGGAAUCCUGCUGGUGUCCAUUAUUUCGUGGCCGCGACCGACCCCUGUGACGUACUUCCCGCACACCGAACUGGGUAAUAGCAUGUUUGACUUCUUCAAACAAGUCGUAACCUUCCAUCCGAUCAAGCACACAUUGGUUGCACAGGACUGGGAUAUCACGGGACACGGAUCGCAGUUUGGGCUGGCCUUCAUUACCUUCCUGUAUGUGGACAUCCUCGACACCACUGGUACGCUGUAUUCCAUGGCGCGAUUUGCCGGGACGGUCGAUCCUCGCACGCAGGAUUUCGAAGGCAGUGCUCUGGCCUACAUGGUGGACGCCAUUUCCGUCUCGAUCGGAUCCCUCUUUGGCACGUCUCCUGUCACAGCAUUCGUCGAAAGCGGUGCCGGCAUCUCCGAAGGCGGUAAGACCGGGCUCACCUCCUGCAUGACGGGCAUCUGCUUCUUCAUUGCUGUAUUUUUCGCCCCCAUCUUCGCCUCCAUUCCCCCCUGGGCCACUGGCUGCACCUUGGUGAUCGUGGGAGCGUUGAUGGUCAAGGCGGCGGCCGAAAUCAACUGGCGCUACCUGGGCGACGCGGUGCCUGCCUUCCUGACCAUUGCCAUCAUGCCGUUCACGUACAGUAUCGCGUACGGGCUAAUCGCGGGUAUUUUGAGCUACAUCACACUGAACGGUAUCAUCUGGGCGAUCGAGAAAGUGACUCGGGGACGCAUCGUGCCCCCCAAUAAGGAUGAAAAGGAGCCCUGGUCGUGGAGGAUUCCUGGGGGGUUCUUCCCGCCGUGGCUGCGCCGCGCUGUUCGGGGAAAGAAGGACUUUUGGCGGGAGGACGAAAGGGAUCGCAGCGUGAUGGAUGGGGGAUCGGUUGAGUCACAGGAUCGACCGGAAAAGCAGGACGUGGCGGCGGGGGGCAAGGAUAUGUAA